AUGGAUCUUGAAAGCUCGAACGAUGUAAUUGCACCGGGUGAUAAUGUAGCCCGAUCGAAGCCUGAAACGGAUAUCGAGAAACAUGUUCUCGGUACAACUAUCAAACUAUCCAAUGGUACCGAAGGGUUCGUGUUCAGUCGGACGCCCCGGAAUAAAGAUCUGCUUUUCGGAUAUAGCUGCCACAUCUGUGGUGUGGUAUGUCUGUACGGUGAACGAAUGCUUCAAAUUCAUAUUGCUGGUCGCAAACAUCAAGCCCGGCUGAACGUGGUCACAUUUGACGCCGACCAGUAUCAUGCCUCGCUUGUUACAAAACCGAAAGGCAACUUGGCUGGUGGUGGUAAUAAUGCUGAUAUCAACUCCGGGAAUUUGGCACAACUCCAGGAAAAUGAAGCAUCGUCAACUAAAACAUUAGCUAAAUUGCAAAAUGUGUUGGACGGAUACCGCGAUGGUCCGCUGGUGGGACUGGAGUAUAUUGUAGAGUUAAAGGGUAGCAUCCAGACGAAUGAUGAUCCUUGCUAUAGUUGCGUGUUAUGCAACUUACACAACGAAAGCGAAAGUGGUAUUACUACUCACAUGAUUGGUUUGGGUCAUCGGUUCAAGUUUCUUGAACGACAUUACCCGACCGUGCGUAAGGUACUAGUUCCAUAUCGGAAUGCCAAAGCAGAAAAUGGUGGGCAGGUAUUCUUUCGUGUUGUUCAAACCGUUUGCGAAGCGAUCGAAGAUCAUCACGGGCGCCUUACACCGCAAGUUUACGAGGCGGGUGACUUUGAGCGUAAUCGAGUAAAGUACGGGCAACAAAUCGCAUUUGGAAGUCACUUUGAUGAGCGCACAGGACCCAAGUUUGUUGAGGUUAUCGACGCGAAGGUAUUGCAGGAUUUGUCUAAUGCAGACGACGGGGCUGGACAAGGUUCGAAUAUACAAAAGCGCUAUCGAAGUAGGAACGACCGUGGAAGUCUUGAUUCGAUAUCCAGCGUCAGCAGCGCCAACUCGAUGUUAACGAUCUCAUCGGACGGAGAAAACAUUGGGGAUCCGGAUCGAUCACGCCACCGAAGCCCGCUAAAUGGUGGGCGUCGCAACAGUGAUCAUCGCCGAGGCGAUAUGGGCUCUCAAUACUCACGGCAUCAUAAUUCUACUCAACGUUCAAACGAUGCACCUUCAUCAAGUAAACAAAUGAUACCAACGCCGCGAGAACUGUCUCAACAGUCGGCGGCAAUAGCGCAUGAGCGCUAUAAAUGGGAGAAGUAUCGCUGCACGGUCGAUUUAGCUGUUGGUCAGCUUACGAAACAAUUGAAAGAGUACGAAAAAAGUCCAGAGAAACAUCCGUUGUACUCAGAGGAAUGGAAAAAGUUUUGGAAUCGGCGUUAUAAGGAGUUACAGGCGGAAAAGAAGGACCCGCAGAGGCACAACUUUAAACCGGAAUGGAUCGAGUUUUGGACGAAGCGCAUGAAAGAGCUACACGAAGAGGAGGUGAAGCGGAAAAAAGAAGAAAUCCGUACAAAGAUGAAUCUACCAGCGGAGGACGAAGAGCGAACGGACGAGCUGCGCGAACAGUUCUCGUUGCGUGUUCCUACUUCAAGCAACAAACGGUCGAGGUCGGGUGAUCGAAUUUCGGGUAACACCACAUCGGCGCCGAUACUGAUAGAUGUAAAUUCCGACGAAGAAGAAGAUGAUUAUAUGGGCGGACAGCCACGUACCAGCAAGGAUAAGGCUCGUUCAUCAAGGCUCUCGUCCAGAAGGGACGAUUUUCCAGAAUCAACAAAGAAAUCGCGCUCACAUCGAUCCCGUAGUCCCAUUACUGAUGAUUUGGAUAUGUAUUCGUCAGGUCGUACUCAUCGCACCGCCCCAGUAGAUCGAAACAGUUGGUCUGGGGGAGCUCCUAAACAUAACGUCGUACCUUCACCGGAACGAGUAGACUAUGACGAGUGGGCCAAGAACUAUUACGGACCCAACAAAAAGGUGUUUGUUCGCACUGAGUUCGAAUCGGAAAACAACACUCCACUCAAUUUUAUAUCCGUAUGUCGCUUACUAACGGCCUUCGAAGACUAUUUGGGCAGCCUUGGUCCGAAGGUAAUUGAAUUACUUGCAAAAGCGUUAGCUUUGGAAAAGGUAAAGGCAAAUUCGGCCGACGACUUGCUACUGAAUGAGGACAACUGCAUGUUCCUGGAGACGGUAAAGGAAAAACUAAAGGGACACAUGAUGGCCGAAACGAUUGAGGCUUCUAAAAUGGCCCCCAUAAAGAAGGCUGUGAAGAACAUUGCGAGACUACUGCAUGAAGCAUCUAAGCGAGAACCUGUCAAACCUAUGGAAGAUGAAUUAUCUCGCGAUUCUCUUCCGGUAAGUGAUGCGGUUCCACCGAUAAAAACACCAUCGCCGAGUGUCGCCAGUAUAGACAAAAUCGCUGUUGCCGAGCAGCUAGCCAAGUCGCUUGUAGCUCAGGGUAAAACAGAUUUUACCACCGAAGAGCUAGAGCAACUAAUCAACGUAUACAUUGCGAUGGUGAAGUUGUCCCGUGAGCGGAACACCCACAUCACGACGAAAGCCUACCUAGCGCUUUUGCCUGUAUCUACUGUGCCGCUAGCGCGUAAAGAAGCAGCGCCUUCACCCGUUGCUAGUGGGUUGUCGCAAAAAAUGGUUCCCGAACGUGUCCGACCGGAACCGGCUGCUAAGGUAGCGCGCUGGACGGAGACGACGAAUCAAAUUGUUCGUUCCAUCAGCUCUGGCCUAGCGGGCAUUGAACCAGCUGAUCCAAGACCGCCCUCGUCGGCAGUGAUGCUCGAAAAUUUGACAGAUUCCGAUUUGCAGACGUUGCUUCAGAGCUUCAAGGAGCUUUCAAGUGAUGAGCAAAUGCAUCUUAUUUCAUACCUUCGUAAACUGGAGCGGGCUGAGCCGGACAGGGUAGAAAAAUUGAGACGGUAUGUUAAUUUUGACGCGUGGGCCAACGUACCACUGGUUCCCAAAGGGCGUGAGAAAGCACGCGAUUUAUCAGAUGAAGACGAGCGUAACUAUAGGAAUCACGGCGAUGAGCCCAAUUUUGAUAUGUUCCGGCCAUCGGAAGUGAAGAGCGGGGAACGUAAGCAAACUCAAAACCCAAUGAUUAGCAACGGACAAACAAAUUCCACCCAGCGAAUGCAGCAGCAAACGCAAAAGGACAUGAAUCAGCUGCAGAAGGGGAAUUCCGUGAUUGUAGACUCAGAGGACGAGGAUGAUUAUUCGUACGACGAUAUUUUACGUGCUGCGUCGAAGAACGUGUCCACCAUUCCGCAACAGCAGUCGAAGACAACAGCGGACACCUAUGAUACUAAUUCGAACAAUUCGCACCGAAAUAUCGCAAAUAAUGAGACAGGCGUAGGAACCAGCACUGCAGGUAUUUCGUUGUCUGACACACAGAACCUGAUUGCAAAUUUGAUGGAAUCGUUGCAAAAGUCCGUGUCCGAUGCUAACAACCAGUCUGCGAAUGUUCAGGGCUCGUCUGGUACGAGCAGAACUGGCCAAGGAAACACAUAUGCUAAUCCUAUCUCAACUAUUGGGGCGCUUGCGGGUGGAGGAGUUUCUGCUUCGAUGAGCACUGCAGAUAGCGCAUCGACAACCCAGGGAACGUAUCCAUCAUACCCCCAACAACAACAGCAAAGCCAACAAGGAAUGGCAAUGAUGAGUGGUUAUGGGCAACAGCAAACUCUAAACCAAAUGCAAGGAUCAACAGGACAGAUGCAAUCACAAUUUGGAGGGCAGUACAUGUACCAAGGGCAAAUGUUCGGUGCGAAUGGUUCUGGACAGCAACAGAUGCAGUACGGUUACGGUAACUACGGAUAUUAUUGAAUGGAAUCUUCGCUCAGUUGAUACCCAGAUGCAUGCUUGGUAUUUUAAAAGUACUGUUUGUUAAGGAAAAACUGCUGACUGUCGUAACUAAAACUAAUUUUUUUGUACA